GUUUUUGUUUUGCCUUUUGCCAUGGUGUUUUGUUAAAACAGAAAAAGGUUAUCACAUUUUGCUAGAGUAUGUACAACCCAUCUCGAGGCGGUGUCCGUGGAGGAGCUGAUCAAUUUACGUGGGAAAGUGUCAAGACAGACAAGCACAGGGAAAACUAUCUAGGGCAUUCUUUAAAAGCUCCUGUGGGUCGCUGGCAAAAGGGUAAAGAUCUGUCAUGGUACGCAAAAGAAAGAAAGGAAGGAGAUGCAUCGGUGAAGAAUGAGAAAUCGGAAUUGGCUGCAAUAAAAAGAGCGGAAGAAGAGGCAAUGCUAAUUGCUCUUGGCCAUAACAUUGUUCGAAAAGAAAGUCAAGCCCUCACCAAAGAGGAGAUGAAAGAAGCACUGAGAAGAAAUGUUGGAGAAAGAGACGAAUAUAAUAUUGAAAGGGUGGAUGGCGUUGGAGCUACAAGUCGCAGGGCAGCCAUGAUGUCUGGUAUUUCCAAGACCACAAAGGGAGAAGGUGUUACAUUUGAGAGCUAUGCAGGUAAAGAAGCAGCUGCACGAGAAAGGAAAGACGCCUCAGACAUGCCAUCUAACUUUAAAAAAAAAAAGAGCAAGAAAAGUUCUAAAAAGCACAAAAAAGAAAAGAAGAAGCAUCGAAAACGUUCCUCUGAUUCAGAAAAUGAAGUGGAGCAUCAUUCUAGGCAUGUAAGAUCCUCAAAGUAUGAUAGCAUAGCAAAUUCUGAAAAAGAAAAAAAAGGGAAGAGAAGAAGACACGAUUCGAGAUCGAGCCAUUCAGAUAGCGACCGAGGGUCCAGGAUUCAUUCUCACAGUAGACACAAAAGUGGAAGUGCUGGCUACUUUCCACACAAAAGGCGUCACGACAGCUCUGACAGUGGUUGACUUUUUAUGUGAUACUUAGUCAGGGCAUUGCUGUAUAAAUGUGCUGUGGGACCAACUCUCAGAAAUUAUUCCCAAGUAGUCCUUAAGGGCUAGAAUUUAAGAAAUUUAAAUGAACACACAAAUUUUACUUCAUCUGCAAAAAUGUUUUAGAAUGUAUUUAUUAAAAAUUUAGGUCAUUGAUCAGUCACAAAAGAUCAUGAUGUGUUUGUGUUUUACUUAAAAUUAUACAAGUCAGCCUAGUCAGCAGAGGUAUGAAAUUGUGCAUCAACAUAAUUAAAAUCUGUGCACGUCACUAUCGCGUAUAUGUCCGUAACCCUACUUCCUCCAAACUGUCAGUGUCUCCUAGGCUGAUGCUGAUAAUGUUGAAUGCAAGUUGUCAGGAGGAAGAUAUUCUACCCUGUCUCUCCCCGUUUAACUUUGCACACUAGUAUCAUUUAAGUAUACAGUGAAACCUGAGUAUAACACUACCGUCUAUAACAAUAAACCCUGUCUACAACAAUAUUUUACUUGGUCUCGGCAAAAUUCUCACUUGAUGUAUUUUCAUCCUCCCUGUAGGGAUAAUCACAUUUCCAAAACAAUAAUUUAUGCAUUUUUUUCAAAAAAAAAAAAAAAAAGGUCUGUUUAAUUAUUACUGCUUUUUCAAUCUUAGAAACUACAUUCCAAAUAAGAGAUAAUAAAAAAUGGAAGAAAAAUACUAGGAAAAUUCAGGACUUUUGGGGAAAUGCUAAACAAUACUAGCAUCUAAUUUGGCAUUUCUUAAUUUCUUUGAUCAGGGGAACCCUUUUAAAUGCUGACUUUUUCGUGAAACACUUAGUUUUUUUGUCAGUAGUCUGCAGUGGCAUAGCCAAGGUUCUGUUUGAGGGGAACCCAGGUUCUUAUCUCAAAGAGACUAUCACAUUAACCAUUUCUCAUAGACCAUGGUAAUUAUUGCUUACUGCUAAUUAUUAUUUAUUAUUAUAAAACACCAAAACACUCCUAUUUGCAUAGGUAGCUGGUGCCCCAAAAAAGCAAAAAAGUGGGGGGUCAAAGGAGGUGCAGUGGAGGGGGUGUAAGUUUGGUGGGCGACAUACCCUUAAAGCUAACUUUUUCUUCAAAAAUUGGGCAGUUGAAUUUUUACAUCAUUAUUAAUGAAUUGACUUUCUCUUCCAAGAAUUCGAGAAACAAACUCAAAAACCGGGACCAGAUGACCACAGAAGAUUCCCUCCUACAAAAUGAUUAGAAGUUCCAUUUCUAAUUUUUUGUGAAAUAAUAACAUGAAAAAAGCAUAAAACAAGCACCUAUUGAGUCAGUUCUUUCUUUAAACACGUGAAUAGAUCAUCACUAUCAUUUUUCCUUCGACCCUAAGUUUUAAACUUAGAAAAGUGGAGAAGCAAAAUCCCUUUACUGUUGAAAGUGAGAGGGAAAUUGCCUCCCUUGCCCCCUUCUACGAGCUACCUGUGCCUAUUUGUGAUUCUAAGUAUUCUUAAAAGGGAUAAAUAAGCUCAGAAUUAAUGCAUGAGUUAUAUGAUUCAAAUAUUUAAUUAGGAAAAGAAAUACAGAUGUGUUUUACCUGCAAUAAUGUUAAUAAUUCACUAAAAUUUACGAAGAAAAAGUUUUAAAACGUAAAAACUAAAAUGUAUCUUAUUUUACAACAAUUUUUAAAUUUAUUUAUAAAUCAGAAACUUAGAUGUCACUGUAUGUUAUGUUGACUCACUUGUUAAAUGUUAAAAUUGUCCUUUCAACUGCUGCCAUAGAUACUGAGAG